GGUGGAUGAUGAAGAUUACUGGUUCCAGGUGAUGUUCAGUGUCGAUGAUUUUCCGAAGAUUCCAAAGGCAUCAAUCAACAGAAGAAGUGCUAAACGCAACGUUUGAGUUGAAAACGGCGAUAGCUGACUUCUGUUGCACGGAGGUGGCUAAAGUCUACCAGCUAAUAGUGAGCCGGUGACUUAGUGAUGAGCGUUGAUUGGUUGUGAGUUAAUUGUGCUGAUUUGGGGACCUUCUUCUAGUGCCAAUUUUUCGGAGCAAUGGCGAUCGAAGUUGUGAUUUCUGGCGGUGUUAUCGGGUUGGGCUGGCUGAUCCGGCUCGAAGGACCAAAAUGUUGGGGUGCUGGGGUACCUUGGGUGGACUGUAUGUUCCUUGGGCGAUUCUGGGUGGCGAAUUGGUAGGGCUUCCUUCAGAGCCAUGGAAGCGACUGCAAUGAGCUCCAGCAACUUGCUCAUUCAUGCUAUUUCUGAUGACAGUGAGCUCGACGGAUACCAAGGACACGUUAUAAUCGACGAAAUAACUGAAGCCGAACCAACAUCAGUGAUACUUAGAUAUUGCAAGGGAAAGUUCCUGCGACCAUACAUCUGUAUCCUGGGAUUUGCUGGAAUGCGGCCGAACGCCAUAGAUGCCGGUAUUUUUACCUUACUGGGCCACUUACAAUCGUUUCUGGUUCUGCUGCUCUUACUCAUUGGCUAUGUUCUACAAUAUUGGCUUGGUUUUCGGCGUGACCGCGGAUUUCUCGGGACCGGCCAAGCCCCCAACAACAACAACAACAACAUCACCAGCAGUCGUGGCACUUUCAUCGAGGAUGGUACCUUCGCCGGUGUCAGGGAAGUUGGUGCCACCACUUCGAUGCCCCCACCGGAAUCAGUCGACCCGGCCAUCCUGAAACUGCUGAUGAUCAACACCGGCGAAAUGAUAUUCAUUUACACCGUGCCGGCCCUGAUGCAUCUGGGUGGAUACGUAAUGGCGGUCUACAUUUACCGCUUUGCUGACAACGAACAAUUGCAGUGCCUGAUUGAAAGGGUGUUCAUCUUAUGUCGUACCCCUCGUCGCCUGGUAGCGAUUCUUUGGGUGUACUUUGGAUUCGGGGUCGUCUGGUUGGCCUGCUCGAUCUCUUACAUCGCGGUGAUAGCUUUCGGAAGUCACGAACUUCCCCCACAUGACAACGACGGUGGCAUCUUCCAGUGGUCCUGGGAACUGAACCCUACGGUGCAAAAUUGCUUGCGAAUUUUGCUCUGCGUGGCCCUGUCUUUCCACGAUCUGGUCCAGAUGGUCGUCAUCAUCAGCUACAGUUUGAUGUGCUAUCUGCUGCGAUGCUAUCUGCGAGCUUUGAAAGAAAAGCUCAUUCUGCAUACGAUCGAACCGCUGAAUUGGAUGAGGGAGAUUUGCGAAUUCCGCAAGCUGUUACAUCAUUUGAAUACGAAAAUUUCCCUCCCGGUGGCCUGCCUGGCGCUGCUCAACGUGAGCUACACGAUUUCCAGCAUCGCCCAUCUCUUCCGGGAUUUGGAUGCCUGCCCGAUCCGGAUCUUCAGCCGGACCAUCGCCAACGUGCUGCUCUGGCUGGUCAUCUCGCUGACACCGUUCUUCCAAGCCGCUUCACUCACCGUGACCUGCCGGCAGACGCAAACCAGUGGCCAUCUCAUCAGCAUUCGGCCAUUCGUCCACCGGGACACGUCGUCCGAGGAGCUCAACACGGUUUUGCUGUACGCUUCGUCGCUCCGAAUGUCGGCCAAACUGUUCCGGAUGCCCGUGACCGCACACUAUCUGUGUUUCUUCAUUUUCUGUUGCACCAUCGGACUACUUACUUUCGGCAUGUGUCUGACUUGGCUGUUGGGCCUGUAUGAAUUACUUGAUAGAACAAUGAUUGUAUAACAAAAAUUUGGAACCAAUCGAUACAAUCAUGUCAAUUUGACAAUUGUUAGUCGAACAUUUGAAGAAACAAAAAGGAGACUGAUUUAUACGUUAGACAACGUAAAAUUUAUAUCUUAUUUGUAAGUGUUGAAAAUUUGAAAAUAUUGUGAUGUUGAUUUAUUAUUUAUUUUGUUGAAUACUUUGUUAC